UGGUGGACGACUGAGGCAGAGGAACGGAAUACAACUAGAGUGAAGAAAGAGAGGAAAAACGGUCGAAAGUCUGUUUCAGAGCCAGCCGCCGCGAGUAGGACACGGGCAUCGUGGAAAAUGGAUGAACUAAAACAUCAAGUCAUGAUUAACCAGUUCGUCCUGACGGCGGGUUGUGCGGCAGACCAGGCGAAGCAGCUUUUGCAAGCGGCACAUUGGCAGUUCGAGACUGCCCUCAGUGCCUUUUUUCAAGAAACAAAUAUUCCAUAUGGCCAUCAUCAUCAAAUGAUGUGCACCCCAGCCAACACACCAGCGACGCCCCCCAACUUCCCCGACGCACUGACCAUGUUCUCCAGGCUGAAGGCGUCCGAGAGCUUCAACAGCGGCAGCGGCGGCAGCCCCAUGGCCGCCUCCAUGGCCACCUCACCCCCACCCCCUCAGGUCGGCGGCUGGGGGGUCUCACCAAACGUACCUAAUGUGCCGCAACCUCCACAGGGACUCUGGACUCAUGGGCAGCCCCCCACGCAGCCCUGCCCCGCCUGGCCCACGGGCGUGAACCCUCACGCAGGCGCUGAGCAGAAGGCUAGUGUAGCGAUGGAGGCUGAGAGAUGAAGGGCAGCACGGGACUGAAAAGCCCCCCCUUUUCACCCCAGGGAGGGGAAACAGGGGGAUGAAUGCGGGGAGGGCGGGGAGGCCGGGAGAUGAUAAUGGGUAGAAAUGGGUUUUGGUCUUUUUUCCCAAAAGACGGAUGGAUACGGAAAGAGACGGAAACUAAGCAAACCAAGAAAAACUCAACGUGGACAAUUUAAGAAGAGGAGAAAAACCAAUGCAAAUGUCAAUACAAAAAUAGAAAAACAAAAAAAAGAUACGCACACACAUAGUAAUAAGAGAGCAACUGAAAUCUUUGUUAGUUUUUCCUAAGUAAAUGCAUAGAUAAGAGAAAUAUUAUUGAACUAAAAAAAACAAACACAUUUUUAAAAAAAUUGUCACGCCCAAGGAUUCUACGUGAUGUUCAAGGACAUUCAAGGCAGCAAACUUAAUUUUCUGUUUUUUUGUUUAGGUUUUUCUUUUUUUCCUUCAUCUUUUCAGCCAGUGUUUUUUUCGCCACUGGUGUUCUGUGUUUUCUGCAAGUGUCUGUGCUGCAUGAGGAGAGAGGAACUUGCAACGCAGUGUUUGAGAUUGACUCAAAAAUCAACACGCACUUGAGUGUGAGUGUGUACGCAUGUGAGCGGGUGGUCAGUUUGUAAUCAAAAAUGUAUACAGACACAUAUAUAUAUAUAUUCACACACACACAAGUACACACACAUUAGCGUUUAGAGGAAACACCUCCAUACUGUCAUCCCCAUCGUCAAAGGUGGGACUUUUCUUACCUCACCUGGUGGUCACCUGACUUCUUUCAGCCAAUCAGGGAUUCUUCUUAAACCAACUGUUGCCGCGGCAGGACGUGUUUUUAAAGGUUUUUUUUCUUAAAGGCAGCAGCCACUCUGGUUUAUGCUAACCGAUCCUUGCUGCAAUGGCUUUUCCUGACACAGUUUUAAACCUGGACUCAGACUACAACUGUCCACUGUAUACUUUUUUUUUUUUUUUUUUUUGGAGAUUUGGGUUAUUACAAGAAAAAUGAGAAAUCAUGGUUUAAUAUAUCGUUUAUAAUGCUAAUUGUUCUGUUUUUGUUGAAAGGUUUAUAGAGGUGGCUUUGAAAAGGGGUGGGACUUCAGGUUGUUGUUUUUUUUUGAAAGAGUGAAUCAAACGCAGCUAAAAUGGCUCAAAGAAAAAAAAACACGACUACUCCAUCUUUGUAAACAGAAUUGCCACUUUGCAUGACGUGUUCAUAACGUGUAACAUCUUUUGUAGCAAACAUACAUGAGGUCGAGACAUGUCUAUGGGAGAGGGUGGAGUUAAAGAUGAGGGCGGGGUGGUGGGGCUCAUUCCCAGAGCUAAUAGAGAUGGAGUAGAUGAGCGUUUCUCUACACAGAGUCAAAUCAGCAGGGUGUCACUCAGGGGUGUCAUCAGUCCAUUCAGCUUUAAGCUUUUCUUGCCCUGACAUUUUUUAAUCCUUCUUUAUAUAAAAAUAGGUAUAAUGUUAUAAACUGCAGAGUCUGACUGAUGCAGGAUUUUUUAAAUCAAACAUACUGAUUUUAGAUAACCGAUAUGGACGGCAAUUUUUGAAUGAAAAUAAGCCUUUUCUAUAUGGAUUUUGCAUCAGAGUGAUUAUGCAAAGGUACUCAGAAGGCUGCCUUCUUGCCUUCAUUAAAAAAUAUUAUACAUCUUACAAUAUAUAUAUAUAUAUAUAUAUAUAUAUAUAUAUAUAUAUACAUAGGCAGCCAAUUAUAUAAAUGAUACCUGACUAAAUUAAAAAUAAAUAAAUGGCGAAUUAACCAUCAGUACCCUAUGUUGUGUAUCAGUCCAUUUAAAUACAGAUAAAAAGUAAAUAUUAGCCAACAUGAUUUCUAAAUCACCCCCAGCAUAUAUAUCAUUUUCGAGACAACAUAUACACGGUCAGUAUCGGCCAGUAUAUAUUGGUCGGUCAGUCUAUACUAAAGUGAGAUAAAUGCAAUUUUUCAAUUUUUUUGAAUGUAUCACUAAGAAAAUAUCAUCGGAUUUCCAAUUUCACGCUUUAAAUGAAUGCUGAAUGGUGACACCCCUAGUCUCACUGCUGAGGCAAAGUGUCAUGUUAGAUUUGAGAAACAAAGAAGAAAACGGGUGUGGGGCAGCUUGGGGAAGCCCUCCACAGGCUAUCUGGGGACACUACAGACUACUUUCAGAUAUACAGUAUAUAUAUUUACCCUCAGAUACUGUACAGAGGGGUUUUUACAACAUUUAGGUCUCUAGUUUCGACCGGUCCCUGGUCCAUUGAUACUGCUGAGGGACAAUUCAGGGAUGACCCUGAUAUGCGGCAAUAUUUUAAAUACAGGGUCUGCCCCUUUUUUAGUUUUUCCUGUUUGGAUUAUUUUUACAUUUGAUUCAAAGAGAAAGAGUAAGAAGAGAUAUUUUGAAUAGCUGAGGGGUUUUUUUGUUAAAAGAAAAAAAAAUGAUGGGUAUAAUAAUGAAUAAAUAAGCAACUUCCUUUUUUAUUAUUUAGACUAAACUAAUGUUUUGAGUUCAUCCUUUUCCAUGCUUCAUACUUUAUUUGGUUAAAUCAGAGCGUUUCUGGGUGGGCCUGUUCCUAAAUGGUUUCUCAUGUAUGUUUCCCCACUUGUAUGACUGUAUGAGACCAUUCCCACAAUAUUUGUGGACUACCUGAUAAUUAACUUAUCAUUUUUGUGAACCUAAAUAAAUAUUGUAUGUCAACCUAAA